UCAAAUGGGUCUAGCUAUCAUCCUUCUCUCCUUUUUAACUCAUUUUACAACAUCAAAUGCCAUGGAUGUGCACCUCCUCCGGCCAUUCUCCGGCAUCGGUGAUCACCCGGUCACUGGUGUCUCUUGUGAUAGUUGGCGGUUUGCGGUUGAGACUAACAAUAUGCGUGGGUGGCUCACCGUUCCUCCUUCAUGUGAGAACUAUGUCGGGAACUACAUGAUCAGCGGACAUUAUCGUAAUGACUCGAUAGUGGUUAUCGCCGAGGCCAUGAAGUAUGUCGCCGGACUUGAACUUGGCAGUGAUGAAAAAGAUGUUUGGAUAUUUGACAUUGAUGAAACUUCUCUUUCAAACCUACCUUAUUAUGCUCACCAUGGUUUUGGGGUUGAAGCAUACAAUGAUACAUCAUUUAAUGCAUGGGUGAGGAAGAGUAGGGCACCAGCUUUGCCGGAGAGUUUGAAGCUAUACAAGAAGUUGAUGUCUUUGGGGAUAAAGAUCAUCUUCUUGAGUGGUAGAAGUGAGGAUACAAGAGAAGCCACUGCUUGCAAUCUGAAGAGAGUUGGAUAUCAUACUUGGGAGAAGCUAAUACUAAGGAGAAAUGGAGAUAAGAGCUUGGCAGUGAUGUAUAAAUCAGGUGUGAGGAUGACAAUAGUGAAGCAAGGGUACAGGAUAGUUGGAAACAUAGGAGAUCAAUGGAGUGACAUUUUAGGUUCACCGGAAGGUGACCGCACCUUGAAGUUUUAGUGCAUUAUUCGUCCAUGUACCAAUAAAGUUAUCUCUUUUAGAAUUAUUCGUGGCUUUCUAACUUGGAAACUUUUCAAAGUUAAAUGUUACAACACCCAGUUGCAAUAUGACCCACCUUACUGAACAUGACUGAGUUUUAGCCAGAUGCACCUGAAUCUGCAACUUUCAACCUUUCCGGUUCCUUUAGUUCGUC